CUAAAUGAAAUACCAUUCAUAAACGUCCUUUAAAAGCCACGAUUGCAGAGGUUCUGCUUUUUCCUCCUCAUCUGGAUCUGAUUCAGGCUCAAUUUGAUACAGCAAUGCGCUACUUGCAUAACUUCUUCCACAUUCUUCUCAUUACGGCUCAGUCAUUUCCGGUUUAGCAAUGGCUACGUUUUACACUCGCUGUCUCCAGGAUCUCCCGAAGAUCAACGUUAACGAUGUGCGUCGUAUUUGCAGGAAAUCAACCACAGCCCCAUCAAGUAAGCUGGAGAAAGGUUUCAAAUUGUAUGCAGCCUCAUAUAUACACAGCUAUGACGGUUGGACUAAGGGAUGCUUCCCCUGUGGUGCUAACACAAAGCAAGUGCUCAUGUGUGGCAGGCACUGCUUUGUGCAACCAUACUGUUGCCUUACUUUACCAGACUGCUCAUUAUUCCCAACUCAAUAUGUCCAUUGUACCCCCUGUGCUUAGCUGUACUGAAACUGAGCAGUCCUGGCAUAAACCACGAACAAUGGGAGUGAAACCAGGACCCAUCAAUGCCAUGGUCAUCACAAAACCUGUACCAAAUCGUACAGCACAAGGUGGAGUAAGAAGUGGACUCUACAGAGGGAUGGUGGGUGUUUUACCAGAUCCAUGCAUGUUCAGAGUUGUGGAGGCCUAUGCAGAGUUCACCCUUGAGGACAAGCCACUUGUUACCACUAUGAACAUGUCACCUGAAAAGCCACUUGUAGAAAGCGCAUUUGGGAUGGUUCAGGAAGGAAGUAUCUUGUCGUUCCAGCAGCCUGUCUUAACAUCACGGUACAUCCAAUUACACGACGCUCCACCCAGCCUCUGGAAGGAUAUAGUCUUUCUCCAUCUAAAUGUAUGUUUGUUUGCACUGAGGAGCAGCUUUUACACCUUCAAAGUUUAAACACACCAUUAGAUAUGGCUCAGAAAAUUGAAGAGGCAACACGUGACCAAAGCUCUUGCCCUGACUGGCAUCAGCUUCGCAAACCAAGAGUUACAGCCUCCAGGUUUCGGGAGGUGUGCCACGUCAGAGGCCUGAGCUCUGCUGAGUCCCUCUCAGAGCGCAUCAUCUGGGGAUGCCGGCAGACAGCAGAAAUGAGAAGAGGUGCUGAAAUGGAGUCAGAGGUAACAGUGGAAUACAGCAAGUUGACAAAUGUUAACUACUCACCCUGUGGUCUAAUCAUCCAUCCUGAUGCUCCCUGGCUUGGUGCGUCUCCUGAUGGUGUUGUGUUUGAUCCCACUGAAUUAUCCUCAAUUUGGGCUUGUUGAAAUUAAAUGCCCUAAUGCCAAAAACAUUGUUGACUGCAAAUAUUUGCAAAUGGACAAAGGGUUGCUCACUCUAAAAAAGAGCCAUGCAUACUAUUGGCAGGUGCAGGGACAACUACUGGUCUCAGGAAUGCAGUGGUGUGACUUUGUGGUGUGGGCCCAGGAGGAUUAUUUUGUCCAGCGUAUACACAGUGACACCCACAUGCACAAAGUUAUGCACUUCGAGAGAAGGUUGAUUGUUUUUACUUUUACACAUAUAUGCACAAAUACUUGUCUAUGAAAUAGUUAUAAUUUUAAAUUUGAAAGUCAGUGAAAUGAAAAAUCAGUAAAACAGCACUGACCAAAAACAUAUUUAUUAACAUAUUUAAUGUGUUCUUUUUUCAUAUGUACAAUGACACAAUGUUUCCAGAAAAAAUAAAUGUACAAAGUUAAUUUA